AUGAUAGAGAGCAGUUUGGCGGACAAUCUCGAAGUCGAUGGCUAUGAUAAGCCACUAUGCUUGAAAUGGACGAGCAACGUGACCCGCGAGGAAAAGCAAUCCAGGCGAGUUACAUUCGAAAUAUAUAUCGGAAAGAUGAAGCGUUAUUGGUUAAAUGAUGUCGGAACAAUCCAGUCACUAGACCUACCGGUGCAAACGCUACCAAUCAAUGACAUGAAACUGCACUAUCAACACCUUCAAGGAAUUCCAAUCGAAGGGUACCGUGGCGCUGUACCUCGCUUGCUUAUUGGAAUUGACAAUCUCAAAUUGACACUGCCUUUGAAGACACGGGAAGGAGAAGAAGGUAAUCCAGUGGCCGUGAAAACUCGGCUUGGAUGGUGCGUAUAUGGCGGUCAAAGGAACGCUAGAUUUCCCUCUGUCAAUAUGCAUAUCUGCGAAUGCAAUAGAGAUGAAUCUAUGGAUGAAACGAUCAAGACGUAUUUUUCGAUCGAGGAAGUCGGGACUCGUCCAAGAAACGAGUGUAUGUCUAAGGAAGAUCAACGGGCGUUAAAGAUACUGCAGGAAACCACAGUUUCAGUGGGCGAUCGACUCGAGUCAGGCCUCCUGUGGAAAUUCGAUGAUUUUGAACUUCCAGACAGCUAUCCAAUGGCCAUCAAAAGGCUACACUGUUUGCAGCGUAGAAUGGAAAAGGAUCCGACUUUGAAGGAAAAUAUUCAACGUCAGAUACAAGAAUACAUCGACAAAGGUUAUGCUCAUCGUGCAUCAGUCGGAGAAUUAGCAGCUGUCGAUCCUCGUAGAAUUUGGUUCCUGCCCUUAGGUGCAGUAGUCAACCCAAAAAAGCCUUCGAAAGUUCGCCUUAUAUGGGACGCCUCAGCGAAAGUCGAUGAUGUUUCGUUGAACGGCAUGCUAUUGAAAGGGCCCGAUCAGUUGGCGUCUUUACCAACAGUUAUCUUCCAUUUUCGGCAACACCAGGUGGCAGUAGUCGGUGACAUUAGGGAGAUGUUUCACCAGAUUUUUAUCCGCUGGCUCGACCGGUACUCACAAUGUUUCCUAUGGUCCCCUGACUCUUCCCACGAUCCCGAAAUAUUUGUGAUGGAUGUAGCUACGUUCGGCUCAACCAGCUCACCAGCGAUUGCACAGUUUGUGAAGAACACAAACGCUCAGAGAUUCGCACAAGAAUUCACUAGAGCCGUCGAAGGAAUUCUGUAUAACCACUACGUGGAUGACUUGGAUCUAGAUAGCUUCCCCGACGAAAAAGAAGCCAAACGAGUGGCAACAGCCGUUAGAGAAGUACACAGAAGAGGAGGUUUCGAGAUCCGCAACUGGUGCUCCAACAGUCCGGCAGUUCUGAAGCACCUAAGAGAAAAUGCGAAAAAGGUUGAGAAAAAUCUCAAUUUAGAGAAUGCUGGUACUCCCGAACGUGUGCUGGGUAUGCUGUGGAGCAGUGAAGAUGAUGUGAUCCAUUUCGAGACGACCAUGCGAGAAAACAUCAGGAAAAUAAUCGAAAAUGACACAAUACCUACUAAGCGUCAAAUCCUACAAUGCGUGAUGACUCUUUUCGACCCGUUGGGCCUUCUUACACCGUAUGUUAUAUUCGGUAUAAUUCUUAUCCAAGACGUGUGGCGUGCUGGAAUGAAGUGGGACGAGUUAGUGGAUAAUAACAUUUUUCAACGCUGGCGGGAUUGGGUAAAAAUACUGUAUGACAUAAAUAAAGUUCUAAUUCCCCGCUGUUACUUUCGUCGUCCAGAUAGCUUCAGCUUUGAGAAUGUCCAGCUUCAUGUCUUUGUUGAUGCUAGUCCAACUGCCUAUUCCUGCGCAUGCUACUUCCAUAUAAUUAACGCUCAAGGAGAGGUUGAGGUAUCGUUGGUUGCUGCCAAGGCGAAGGUAGCCCCACUUAAACAUAUGAGUAUUCCUAGACUAGAACUUCAGGCCUGUGUCCUGGGCUCGCGCAUGAUGAAGCUGGUGGUGGAUGGUCACACUUUCUCUAUCUCCAAACGGUAUUUCUGGACAGACUCGCAAACAGCUCACACUUAG